AGACGCUGUUCUCGAGAAUGAUGAGGUGGAAGCACUGCUAUCAUCUGAAAUUUUGUGUACUACUUCUGAACAUCGUUACACAGAGCAAAGCUGACUACCGCAUGUAUUCUGGUCGAAAAGCACUUAUCAAACCUACCUUCAGACUUCCGAAGAUGUGUUCAUUCUGCCCGGCAAACUUGAAGGUUUCAAAUUUUCGCAGUCUAUCUCCGACUACGAGCUGUAAGGAGCGUAAAUAUUUGGCCAGAUACGAGAGAAUGUGCACAGUCCGAGGCGCGACCCCCGGUACUACGGCGGAGCUUCCUCCUCUGAACAUGAAUGGUCUUGUUGCGAUUUUUAAACCAAGGAAUUGGACUAGUAAUGAUGUAGUACAAAAAGUUCGUAGUCUUCUAGAGAAAGAAGCUCGGCGUCGUGCUGGAGUUAAAGUGAAAGUAAAAGUGGGUCACGGAGGGACUCUCGAUCCCAUGGCUACAGGAGUAUUGGUUCUGGGUGUAGGUAGAGGCUGUCAAGAUCUCAAUUUGUAUCUGAAGGGAUCCAAAGCAUAUCGAGCUGUCGGGCUGCUUGGUUCUGAAUACGACACGAUGGAUGCGACUGGUACGAUAACCGAGACCGUCGACGUGUCGCAUGUGACACCAGACAGUCUCGAAGAAGCGUUGGUCUCCUUUCGAGGUUGUAUAAUGCAGCGUCCACCAGUUUACUCUGCGCUCAGGAGGAAAGGAAAACGACUGUACGAGCUGGCCCGUCAGGGAGAGGAUGUGGAAACUGAACCACGGGCUGUGCAGGUUGAUCGUCUCGACCUCAUUCAUGCAGAAGACGAAACAGGACAUAAGUUGGAGUGGCCAUACUUUGGCCUGGCGAUUGAGUGUCAAGGGGGAACGUACGUGCGAUCCUUAAUAUCCGACGUAGCUCGGUCCGUUAACGCGCGGGCUCAUAUGACCGCCCUUACUCGCACGAAGCACGGACCUUUUUCUCUGGAUGACUGCCUACCUGAGGAGGUAUGGAAAAACGACGCUGAAGCUGUUGUCCAG